AGAAGUCACCAACUCUCUGAUUCUGGAACUGUCUGGUGACUUCUUUUGAAGAUAGAGUAGUCAGAGGAGAAUCUUGGUUCCAAAAAAAGCUCCAGUGAGUGAUGAUGAUGUUGUUUCAGAUGAGGUGGAGAUCCAUCCUACCACAACAGUGUGUUCUGCUGGUGAUAUGUCUCCUAAUUAAUUUGGAAGCAGUGCCUAUAGACGUAGACAAGACAAAAGUGCAAGGGGAGCCCCAUGUAGAAGGAGCUAAAAUAGAAACCCCAGAUACUGGGCUUUAUUAUGAUGAAUAUCUCAAGCAAGUGAUAGAUGUCCUAGAAACAGAUAAACAUUUCAGAGAGAAACUUCAAACUGCUGAUAUAGAGGAAAUAAAGAGUGGAAAGCUAAGCAAAGAGCUAGACUUAGUAAGCCAUCAUGUGAGAACAAGGUUGGAUGAACUGAAAAGACAAGAAGUGGCAAGGUUAAGGAUGCUAAUUAAAGCUAAAAUGGAUUCCUUUCAAGACACUGGCAUAGACCAUCAAGCUCUCCUUAAACAGUUUGAACAUCUCAACCACCACAAUCCUGACACGUUUGAAUCAAAAGAUUUAGAUAUGUUGAUCAAAGCAGCUACAAGUGACCUGGAAAACUAUGACAAGACACGCCAUGAUGAAUUUAAGAAAUAUGAGAUGAUGAAGGAACAUGAAAGGAGAGAAUAUUUAAGAACACUGGAUGAGGAGAAGAGACAUGAGGAGGAAGCCAAAUAUGAGGAAAUGAAGAAAAAGCAUGGCGAUCACCCCAAAGUGAAUCAUCCUGGAAGCAAAGACCAACUGAAAGAGGUGUGGGAGGAGUCGGAUGGGCUGGAUCCUAAUGACUUUGAUCCAAAGACGUUUUUCAAGUUACAUGAUGUCAAUAAUGAUGGCUUCUUGGAUGAGCAAGAAUUAGAGGCCCUGUUUACUAAAGAGCUGGAGAAAGUAUAUGACCCCAAAAAUGAAGAGGAUGACAUGGUGGAAAUGGAAGAAGAAAGGCUAAGAAUGAGAGAGCAUGUUAUGAAUGAGAUUGAUGUCAACAAGGACCGGUUAGUAACUUUACAAGAAUUCCUCAGGGCUACAGAGAAAAAAGAAUUUUUGGAGCCAGAUAGCUGGGAGACAUUGGAUCAACAGCAGCUCUUCUCAGAAAGUGAGCUGAAGGAAUUUGAAUCACAUAUUUUGCAGCAGGAAGAUGAACUCAAGAAGAAGGCAGAAGAUCUUCAAAAACAGAAGGAAGAGUUACAGAGACAGCAUGACCAGCUUCAGGCUCAGAAACAAGAACUUCAACAGGUUGUACAACAGAUGGAACAGAAGAGGCUACAGCAAGGAAGUCCUUUAUCAGAACCAGCUGAAGAACUGAAAUUCCAGCCACCUGGAGAACACCCAGUUGGAAAUGCACAAAACCAUCUUGCAGGUGAUCAGCCUUUACCGCCAGGACACAUACCAGUUCAAGAAGCAGCCGCUGGAAGUGAUCACGUUCAAAUUCACCCUUAACCACUUGUGCCUCAACUUUAUACCACCUUUAUUAUUUUGGGGGGUGGGAUGGGGGACUUAGAAUCAGAGUGAAAUAUGAACUGCCCACUUUCUUCACUUGCUAGUUAAGUCAUUGGGAAUGUUACAGCUUUACAAUUCAAAUUCAACUGAUGUUUAAAUGAGAUGAAUUUAAUCUUCAAUACAUCAGUACAAAAGAUGAUAAGGAGAUUCUACAGGCUAAAAAGCGAGCAGGAAGGAUGCAUGGGAGGAAUGGAAGUAGUAACAAAAAGGCAGCAUCUCUCCAUUUUCUUUGAGCAAAUUUCCAACAGCUCAGUACCUGGAGCAUAGAAGUCCUUAUUACCAAUCGUUAUUAGGCAUUAAUCAGAAACUUGCUUUCUGAAGAAGUAAGGAACUGGACUAGAGAUCCAGCUAAAUCCUAUCUCAUACCAAAACACUUUCCAACAGCAGAAUUUAGUUCCAUGAAAUGAGGUCUACAGUUUCCAAUAAUGCUAACCCUCUUCUCCUUUGAGACCAAAUAAAAACAAAAGCUGCUUUGAUUAACAUUCAGGAAAUCUCUACUUUUAGAAAUCUGCAGCAAAGACUUCUGGAACAGUGAAUGCAUCUCAUGUUUACAGAUACCUAUGAACUUCCCUAUAAGCCUUCAGACAGAAUACUGUACUUAAGGGGCAUUGAUUUGAACCUUCCUCAUUGUUAAGAUGAACAGUGUAGUAGCUGGGUGCUCAUCCUGCAGACUGGCUAUUAAGUCCUUAUUCUCGUCCUUCUUUCUUUCAUUAUCAUCUAGAGGCUCUAAGCAUUUUGCAAGCUAUUAAAAUGGGGGGGUUUUUUGGUUGAUGGAAAAAAAAUAUUGUGAGAAGUAGAAAAGGACUCUUUUUGUGUGUGUGAGCAAAUUAUCCUACCUCUUGUGGUAAAAUCUUCCUUUCAAAACCCACAGUAUGUUUCAAAACUUUUUCCAGACAUGACAUUGACUGCUAAGAGUCUCAGUGGUUUCACAAAGUUAGUGCUCAUUGGUUUUACAAUAACCAGUAUCAUUUUAUGAAAUUUCCUGAACAGGCACAUGUCAUGACUGUAUAUUUUUGGUAUUAGCUUGAAGCCUGUUUGGUACUAAUCCAAGCUUUUACAAGAAAUUAUUUGUUUUACCUGUGAAUUUUGCUAAGAUGUGGAAAAAGAUCCAAUGUGUAUUUCAGACCUAAAGGAAGCAUCAUAAAGCCCACACUCAGUCUCUUUAACAUCAAUGUUAUUUUCUCCUUGUAGAAAGCUAGCGCUGAUUUUAGACAUCAGCACAUCCCUUCCUCUAAUCAGGGUCAUUCAGAUUUCCUUCCCGUUCUAUAGCUACCUGCCAACAAUGUGACGAUGUGGAAAGGGUCAGCUUUUAAAUAAAACAAAGUCAGUCUCUGUUCUAGAGAGAUCCAUGCUAGCAUGUGCCAUACUAACUAGAGAAGGAAAGAUGCGCAAAGCAGUUGAAGCAGUUUUUCCACAGAAGAACUUUCAGACAUUUGUUUAGUAGCAUUAGAGAUUAGAUAUCCUCUACCCCUCUGCUAAUGCAGAUUUCUUCCUGCAGGAUGGACCAUAUUCCUCCUCUCCAAUUUAGUUUUAAAUAACUUAUGUCUUUCCAUGGGAAACAAUUCCACAUGGCCUAAUAGAACUUGCUUGUCAGGAUAAUUUUCCUAAUGAUCAGUUUUGAUUUUUCCCCCCUCCAUUUCACCUUAGUUGUUUUUAGGCCACAUAUCCUUUUCUCCUGGUCAGUGACACUGUUCUAGCAGUGGUAGCUUUCUCCCCUCUCCUCAUCUCUGCAUAGUUUGCUCAAGAUAUAGAUCAUUUUAAACCUUUCAUCAAAUCAAUCCAUUAAGGUCUUUGGUCUUUCUUUGUUACUUUUACGGCAGUUUGGACCAAUAAUAAUAAUAAUAAUUAAUAAUAAAAUCAGGAACUGAAUCACAUUUCUGCAGUUCCAACCUCUUGCUAGGAAUCCACCCAUAAAAGAGGCCUGGGCAGUUGUAACCAGAUCCAAUAGAGUCACAGUAGCAGGGCAGGACACAAGGAAAGGGCACUGGGACCCUAGAUUUAGCACAGGACCUUCUUCAAUGGACGAUCCUGGCAUUGGGUGGGUAAGCUGAUUCUUCGAAGGUGUAGUUCAACCAAACUGUUCAAAAAGGAUUGACAAGGAGAAACUUGAAAAGGUUUAUUCCCUCCUCCACAUGGAUUUUAUUCUAGACGAGAGAUCCAGUCGUAAGUUCGCAUAACACCCAAAAUGAAGGCACUGUAAUCCUUGUCUGAGGGCCCUCGGCACAACUGUAAUACAAGUAAUAAUAGGUCCUCUUUGUUAAGUCUUUGCCAUCAUAGUUGUUUACAGUCCUCACCAAAUCAGUAUAUUGGGUACAAUGAAAUACAGACCUCUUUUUACAUGAGCAUUAAAAUGAGAUUUGCCACAGUUCAUACCUGCACCCUGGAGACGCAUAUGUGAUGGCGCGUCGGGGUUCCUCCGACUCCUGCACCCCUGUAGUGGCACAAACAGCCCCCCCCAGCCAGUAGAAUAGAGGGAGUUUAUUCCUUCUCCAGGAUACAGCACAUCAUAGAUGUAAUCCAGUUACAGGGCCAGGCCUAAGAUGCCUCAACCCCCCUUGAGAUGGGGGAGACUGUGCUCCUAAAUCUCAGCCCCCUAGUUUAGGCUGCUUCCUCCAUAAUUCCAGACAGAAACUAAAACUCUCUUCCAGCCCUGCCCCCCAGCCAGGUGUUGGUCUCCGCCUUCCUCCCUUUGUCUCCCUCCCUGGGAGGCUGAGCCUGGGUGUCUAGGUUAAUACACAUUUGGGAGAGUCAGUGAGAAUCUCACAUCACAGCGCAGGUGGACCCCGGGUCACAGAGCAGACAGCACCCCCACUCCACCACAGCUUGCUCUAAGCUUAAUCACUGCUUCACUCAAACUAGAUUUUUCUCGUGUUUAGGGUAAAUGGCCAAUAUUACACCACUGGUCAAACCCUAUUUGAAGGGCAGUAUCUAUGUAGUUAUGAUCGGAUAUCCGAUGAUCUGAUUAUAAUAAUGUCUUAUUUUUGUGUCUUGGAAAGAUGGGUGUUAUGUAGGUGUGCAGCAAUUUUUUUUUUCCAACCCUCAAUCAUCUAGGUAUAAAUAAACACAGUGGUAUCUAAGUGCUAAACGUAGAUGCUUCCGUACCUUUGUGUCUGCCACUGCAGUUGUGACUCCCUUGACGCAAUGAUGCAGGGAGAGCCCAAAUUUUUGUUUGUCGCUUUGUUGUGGGGUCACCAUUUUUCUGCAUGCAAAAAUCUCUCAAUGGUUUUAUCUUGCAGCUGCAUCACUCUAUGCCAGCCAGCAGGGUGAGCUCCCACCUGCCAGUAAAGCAGUGCACAUGGUCCCAUCAACUCCUGUGGGUCUGCUGUCGUCAUCAGUUUUCUUGUUAUACAGUGUUAGCUAUUUACCUUCUUUACAUAAAUAGACUUUAAAAAAAAAAGAUAUAAAAGUUUACAGGAAACAGGCCAUUUUCCCCUCUCUCAAUUGUUGAAUCAAAUCCAGCUCUAGUCAAAGCUCACCUACUGAAAACUGCUUGAUCUAAAAUGUUCAUGAUGUUAAUUAACUUGCUAAUGGACAAUGGUUUACAUUGCACAAAAAUUUACCUUAAUGAGCCCCUUUUUUGCUGUUUGCAAACAGAUCAAGGAGUGAAUGGACAUAGAGACUGAAUUUGCUCUCAAAAAGUUACCCUUCAGGUCAGAGUUUGGCAUAUUAGUAAGGUAUACAUGAAAAAGCUUGUCCUACUGCUGCCCAUAUAGCACCUUUUCUUGGGUUAAAGAGCAGUCAGUCUGGCGCUGUUUUCCCAUACUAAAUUCGCUAAAGUAUUUUUUGUAAAAACAAGAUAAAAUGAUACUUUGCUCCAAGUUCUCACUCUGCCAGGAAUCCUUUGCUUAGAAAGAGGUUGUGCUGGGAGCCUGAAACAAUGCCCAUAAACACAAUGUUUGAUUGACUUGGAGCUUGCUACUUUAAUUUCUGCUGUUUCUUGAAUUGAAUUUUUAUUGGGGAUGCUCUCUCAUGCAUGGGGCUGACUAAAAAGUAUUACCUACUUCAAGCAUAUAUCUCAACUGAAAAUGUUAUCACCAUGGUACUGAUUUCUGAGAAGCAUUUCAAGAUCAUAGGUAUGAAUGAAGAAUGGAGCUAAAUGAGAAAAUAGAAAGCGAUAAGGUGUCUCAUUCUAGCUUUUCAAAGAUGUACCAGGGAUUGAAAUGUCAUAGAUACCACUACUUUAAGGCGUAUUAGGUUUUAUUAUGUCUUAAAAGCCAUUAAAAGAAAAUGUAAUGCAACUUGGUUUUGGCACAAAUUCCAAUACUCUAAAGGAUGUAAACAUCGAGUUUCAUAUUUUUAUUUUACUUUAUUUUGGGGGACAGAGGUGUGGGGGAAAAAGAAAAAGGAUAGGUUGGUGGUUGUUGUAAAAAUUCAUAUCCUCCAGUGCAAUAUUUGUAGAAAAAAAUGGUUGCCCCCCUCACACUUUGUAUAGAUUAGAUUUUAAUUGGAUUAAAUUGAAACAACUGAAAGCAA